CAGGUGGUAAAUCCUGCCCCUGACUGUAGCAGGGCCGAGGGCUCUCUGCUCCGUAAUGUAUUUUUUAGCCCUGCCUGGCCUGCCUCGCUUGUUUCCCCUGUGCCGCCAUUAAAGACUGUCAGCUCGGCGUUUGGGAAUAGGGAUAAAAAAAUGAUUUAAAGCUCAAAGGAAGGCGAUUGUGGGACUAGGGGGGGUUGUCGCUCCGCUGUGUGGACCUCUAACUCCCGACAAAACGGAGCCCCGAAAAACGUAAAUAUGCGGCUAUCGACCAAGUGAGAGAAGCCUGAGUUCGGGACCCACGGAGGAGGAUUGGAUUGGGUUUCUUUGGGGGGAGCUCGGAGACGGAGCAGCUCGGUUUGUUGUGGUUGCGCCGGGAACUCAGGAGUGUAAACACAGGGAAGCAAAGUGUUGUGCUUGCCUGUGUGAUCUCCUUGAGAGUGGAGCUGCCGAGCUGAGAGCCCCUCUGAACGGCAGGAAGCCUCUCACGGCGGCGGUGUGACGAUGACUGAGCUGGGUGCCAAGUGGGCCUGUGAAUACUGCACAUACGAGAACUGGCCCUCAGCCAUCAAGUGCACCAUGUGCCGCGCUCAGAGGCCCAGUGGGGGUGCCAUCAUCACUGAGGAGCCCUUCAAGAGCAGCCCUGGUCUGGAUGCCAGUCGACACCAGUGGGACCCUGCAUGCCUCAGCCACAGCUCACCCCAGGGGGGAUCCAGCCUACUCAUUUGUCCAGACUCCAGUGCCCGACCCCGCGUCCGGAUUGCUGACGUACCUGAGACAAGUAGCAAAUGGUCCUGCCACAUGUGCACCUACCUGAACUGGCCUCGUGCCAUCCGUUGCACCCAGUGCCUGUGCCAGAGGCAACAGGCUCAGCAGCAGCAGCAGCAGCAGCAGCAGCAGCAGCAGCAGCAGCAUGGGCAACAUCAUCAAGGACAUCAUACCCAGCAGCCACGCAGCCCCACAGAGUCACCCCAGACCUCUGGCUCUGGAUGCCGCUCCGCUCCCCCAACCACCCCUACAGACCCAUGUGAGGAAUAUAAUGACCGUAACAGGCUCAACACCCGUGCACAGCACUGGACCUGCACUGCCUGCACUUACGAGAACUGGCCCAAGGCACUCAAGUGCGUGGUGUGCGACCACCCCAGGCCCAACAGCCUGCUGGCUGAACCCAUCGAACUAGCAUCAGAGCCCGAGAUCCAACAACCUCCCUCCAUUCUCAAUGAACAGGACAGGGACAAUAGGAGGGGUGUUGUUGGGCUUGGGGGUGGGGUAGGAGUUGGAGGUGUGGUAGGUGGGGUAGGUGGUUGCAGCAGUAGCCAAAGGAGGUCUCCCCCAACGUCCAAACGAGAGUCAGAGGUGAACAUGGACUUUCAGAGGAUUGAACUGGCAUCAGGUGCUGGAAUUGGGAGCAAAGAAGAGCUGGAGGUGGACUUCAAAAAACUGAAGCAGAUAAAGAACAGGAUGAGAAGGAUUGAUUGGUUGUUCCUCAAUGCAUGUGCUGGUGUGGUGGAGGGUGACCUUGCAGCUGUGGAGGCCUACAAGUCAUCGGGAGGUGACAUUGCACGGCAGCUAACAUCAGAUGAGGUGCGCCUGCUGAAUCGGCCCUCAGCAUUUGAUGACGGCUUCACGCUGGUGCACCUAGCCAUCCGCUUCCAGAGGCAGGACAUGCUGGCUGUGCUGCUCACCGAGGUGUCCCAACAGGCAGCCAAGUGCAUCCCGGCCAUGGUGUGUCCCGAACUAACGGAGCAGAUCCGCCGUGAGGUGGCAGCCUCUCUGCACCAGCGCAAGGGAGACUUUACCUGCUAUUUCCUCACGGACCUGGUAACCUUCACCCUACCUGCAGACAUCGAGGACUUGCCCCCGACAGUUCAAGAAAAACUGUUUGAUGAAGUGCUCGACCGAGAUGUACAGAAAGAACUCGAAGAGGAGUCUCCCAUCAUCAACUGGUCUCUGGAGCUGGGGACGAGGUUGGACAGCCGACUGUACGCCCUGUGGAACCGCACGGCUGGCGACUGUCUGCUCGACUCGGUGCUGCAGGCCACGUGGGGCAUCUACGACAAGGACUCUGUGCUCCGCAAGACCCUCCAUGACAGCCUGCACGACUGUUCUCAUUGGUUUUACACGCGCUGGAAGGAGUGGGAGUCGUGGUAUUCCCAGAGCUUUGGCCUGCACUUUUCACUCCGAGAGGAACAGUGGCAGGAAGACUGGGCUUUCAUCCUCUCACUGGCUAGUCAGCCAGGGGCCAGCUUGGAGCAGACCCACAUUUUUGUUCUUGCACACAUACUUCGUAGGCCAAUCAUCGUCUAUGGAGUGAAGUAUUACAAAAGUUUCCGUGGCGAAACACUCGGGUACACCCGUUUUCAAGGUGUGUACUUGCCCCUUUUGUGGGAGCAGAGCUUCUGCUGGAAGAGCCCCAUCGCCCUGGGCUACACACGGGGCCACUUCUCAGCGCUGGUGGCCAUGGAGAACGACGGCUUCGACAAUCGCGGCGCGGGCGCCAACCUAAACACGGACGACGAUGUCACCGUCACAUUCCUGCCACUGGUGGACAGCGAGAGGAAGCUGCUUCACAUCCACUUCCUCUCCGCACAGGAAAUGGGGAACGAGGAGCAACAGGAGAAGCUGCUGAGGGAGUGGUUGGACUGCUGUGUGACAGAGGGCGGGGUUCUGGUGGCGCUCCAGAAGAGCUCCCGCCGCCGUAACCACCCCCUGGUCACCCAGAUGGUGGAGAAGUGGUUGGACGGCUACCGGCAGAUCCGCCCCUGUGCCUCUCUCUCCGACGGCGAGGAGGAGGAGGACGACGAUGACGAGUGACGAAACUGGAGCGGGGGAGGCGGUCCAUGAGGGGGCAGGACCCUUCCCCCUCUCCCAGCUUUUUUUUUUUUUUCUUUGUUUUUGUUUGUUUUUUUUUCCUUUCCUGACACGGACAAACUGUGAACGCCUUCAGGAGAGGACAGGGAACCACAGGCCCCCACCCACCUCCCACUUCUGGCAGAGGACAUUGCUACUCCUCUAGCACUCACACACACAUGCACUCUUGCAUAACACUGAAACCCAUUCAACGCAUCACCCAGAUAAACCUGAGACUGACAGAGAAACUCCACUGCUGCAAACACGGAUCUGGGGAUGAUGGAGAAAAGGAUCAUAGUUUACAAAUGCUAAUGACCUUUUGAUUUGUUUUGGUUUUUCAAAUGUUUAAAAAAAAGGAAUCUUUAUCCAUAGAUGUAAAUGCAUGUGGUUGUUCAAAAAAGAAAAAAAAAAAAAAACAGAAAAAAAAACACGUAUAAGGAAAUAUACCAGCAUCGAUUCAAAUCAACCCUUUAUAUCAGUUUAUUAUGGGCACUGACAAAAGCACACUUCCAAAUUACUGUUCUUUUUUUGAUGUUUUUUCCAGAUGUAAAAGAGUUGGCUUGUUUAGCGUUUUGUUUUUGGACGGGCAGGGACAAAGCCAAUAAUCAUAUCUUUGGGUCAGGAGGCCCUUUGGAAAACCAGAGAUUGUGUAAUAAUAAAUAUGUCUUUAAUCCUUAUUACUAAGCACUGCACAUUUAUUAAAAAAAGAAAAACAAAUUUCUAUAUAAAUAUUAUUGCUUGAAUAAAGGUCAUAUAUGAAGCUCUUGAAAAGGGAGGUAUUCCCUCUUCAAGUCUAAGCUACAGUCACUAAGGUUUAGCACACAGAUCAUUCAUGUUGGAUCUUCAGUUUACCCUUUUCCAGACUGGUUGAAAUAAGUUGUGUGAGCGUGUGUUUUUCUUCUCCAAACCUACUCUACAUAUUUAUUGUUUGGGAACUUAUUUGAGCUAAUAAGAGCUUUGAUUCUCUGUAUUUUUUUUUUCUCCUUUUUGCGGUUUUUGUCAUUUAUUCUUCCAAUCUCGAUGAAGACGUUUUAUGUUGCACAGAAAACAUUCUUGCUGUGAGGAGAGAAACAACCACGACCAUCAGUGAAAAAGUUUACUUCUGUUUGUUGCGUGUGAUUUUUUUUUUUUUUUUUAGUACCUCAUUUGGAUGUUUAAAUUUGGUGCUUUUCUUUGCAGGUGAGUGUGAGAGUGAGACACAUCUAUUGUCGGCAUAAACCCAGAGUCACACUUGUCUCGCCUUUAUCUCCUGCUUCCUGUUUGUCUCUUUAUUCCUCUAGUUCUAUGUUGUCACCCACAUGGUACAUGUGUCAGUUCUCCUCUGUAUUGCCUGGUUCUUGUCCUUAUGUGAAGCCAUCUUUAAGUUUUGAUUACAGUCCUUGUGAGAGACUGCAACAUAUAAAACCAAAGUUGAAAAAAAAAAAAAACACCCAUGAGUUGUCAAUACAUUUUUUUUUUUUUUUUUUGCCGUGAAUGAUGUUUUCAUCAUUUUUCUCCUUGCCAUUGUGUACUGUAACCUCUUUUUCGUGUUUCAUUCUAGUCAACACACGUUUUGAGCAUCACCUGUAUGUUGCUUUGUAUUUAUGCAAUAGUUGCAGCUGUGACUAUGAUGGUUUGUGGAUUUAGGCCUGACCUCACUAUACAAAGUAUCACAAAGGACAGGCGAAAUAAGGAAAAAAAAAAAUAAAGGAAAACCUUUUUGAAUGUCCAA